GCUAUGAUGGAUAAUGUUUCAGUGAUUUCCAUGUUUACUCUUUCAGGGUUCAGUGGCACAUUCAGCCACAGAGUCACUCUCUUUCUGCUCACCUUGCUGUGUUAUUGUGUGAUUUGGUUGGUGAAUCUGACAAUCGUUGUAACAAUUAUCAUGGAUAAAAACCUCCAUGAACCAAUGUACAUCUUCCUCUGUAAUCUGUGCAUCAAUGGACUUUAUGGGACUGCAGGAUUUUAUCCUAAAUUUCUCCAUGAUCUCCUGUCCACCAGGCAUUUAAUUUCUGUUCCUGGAUGUUUCCUGCAGGGUUUUAUGAUUCACUCCUCAGUCUGUGCUGAAUUAUCUCUGCUCGCUCUAAUGGCUUAUGACAGAUAUGUGGCUAUAUGUCGUCCUCUAGUGUACCACUCUAUGAUGAAUACAAAAAGGGUUGGUGUUUAUGUAUUUUUUGCUUGGAUUACUCCAUUUUUUCUUAUGUUUAUCAGCACAGGCACAACAGUAACAUCAAGGUUCUGUGGAUCCCACAUACCAAAGAUCUACUGCAUCAACUUGUUGAUUUCUAAACUGGCUUGUUCUGCCUCAAUAGCUCAGGUUGUCUUUCCAGCUUUUAAUUACACGUUUUAUGUUGGCCAUGCAGUUUUCAUUGUUUGGACUUAUUUUUUUCUCAUCAAAUCCUGCAAAGCGUCUAAAGAGAACAGAAGUAAAUUCAUGCAGACGUGUUUGCCACAUCUGCUCACUUUGAUGAAUUUUGUUGGAUCGGUGUUGUUUGAUUUGCUGUACGUGCGAUUUGGCUCAAAGGACUUGUCAGAAAACGUGCAGAAUUUUAUGGCGAUGGAGUUUCUUGUCAUUCCGCCGAUUAUCAACCCCCUGAUCUAUGGGUUGAGACUGACACAGUUACGAAAAAGAAUUGCACAUUUCUUAUGCUGCACAGGUUCAGUGUGUAGAUUAAAGGCAUGA